AUGUCAGAAGAUGAAUCCUAAUAAGAGCAAGUAGAAUAAAUAUCCUGGAUAGAAUGGCAUUGUUCAAUUGAUGGCCAUGAAUUUCUCUGCUAAGUUGAUCACUAGUUUAUAAGAGAUAACUUCAAUCAAUCUGGAUUGAAAAAGCAAUUCAAAAACUACAAUGAAGCUUUAAAUAUGAUAUUAGAGGAAUCCCCAGAACCUAAGGAUCUUGAAAAAGAAUUAUUUUCUGUUGUCUAUCAAUAGGCAUUUGAUUUAUAUGGCUUGAUUCAUGCGAGAUUUAUAUAAACACCCAGAGGGCUUCAAAUGAUGCGAUAAAAAUUUUAAGAUCGUAUAUUUGGAACAUGCCCUCGAGUGCAAUGUGGUAUCUAACCUGUCCUGCCUAUUGGUUUAUCAGAUGAACUUUCGGUAUCUAAGGUUAAAAUAUUCUGUCCCAAAUGUGAAGAUGUAUUCGUACCUAAAGGGUAACGAUCUGCUCAUGCCACUAACACCAAAGGAUGCAGAUUGAACCUUGAUGGGGCUUAUUUUGGAACUUCUUUCCCAAGCAUAUUUUUAAUGAAUUCCCUCAAGGAUGUACCAGAGCUAGGGCCAUAGCCUUUUAUUCCUACAAUAUAUGGAUUUAGAAUACAUGGAUUGAGCUAAAAUGCAAAUUUGAGAGGCAAUUAAGCAUAGAACCACAAUCUAAAUUACUAGCAAGAAAGGUUAUAACAAAUGGGGAGUCCAUAAGUAGUGCCAAAGAAAAAAAUUUCUUAAAAAAGUAUUGAAAGGGAUUGA